AACAAAUGACAUCUAAGCUAAAGGUCAGGAUAAGUGGUCGCUAUUUCUUGGGUAAUACCAAGGCAAAUGAACGACAAGCGCAAAGGAGGAGGGACGGAGCUGAAGUCUUUACAUUAGUAUUAUCGUCUUCAUCGUUUUUUUUCCAUUGUCUAUAAUCUUCGAUACCAAUCUCCAGCUCACUUUUAACCGUCACCCUUUUUGUCUACAGUAAGUCUAAACUUAUUUUUCUCCUCUUUUAUACCCCUAAACGCCACUCAAACACAAGCUCCUAAAACUUGUGACACCCAGGUAAAUUAAGCUAAAUAAAAAAGGUGAAAAUAAGUGCUCGUGAUUCAAUGGCGAAGCAGGGCCGAAAUACCGUGAAUAGAAGCCUCGAGACUCUUUUAGACAUGGACAAAUCUGCAGCUGCAGGCAAGAAUACCAUGCCAGUACCUGUGCCUCCCCGGAAAACGAUUCCUGGCCACGGCCUUGAGUUCAAUAACCUCUCUUACAGUGUCAUGAAGAAGCAAAAGAAAGAUGGUGAAUGGAUCAAGAAAGAGGCCUAUCUUCUCAAUGAUAUAUCAGGCCAGUCUAUGAGGGGCGAAAUCAUGGCCAUCAUGGGGCCUAGUGGUGCUGGGAAAUCCACGUUUCUCGAUGCAUUGGCUGGUCGUAUUGCACAAGGGAGUCUUGAAGGUUCUGUUAGAAUCGAUGGAAAGCCGGUGACUGCCAGCUACAUGAAAAUGAUCUCAUCAUAUGUAAUGCAAGACGACCAGCUGUUUCCCAUGUUGACGGUUCAUGAAACCUUCAUGUUUGCAGCUGAGGUGAGGCUGCCUCCCUCCAUUUCCAGGGAGGAGAAGAAAAAGCGAGUAAAUGAACUGCUUGAUCAAUUAGGCUUGCAGAUCGCAGCACAUACAUAUAUUGGUGAUGAGGGAAGGAGAGGAGUGUCUGGAGGAGAGCGGCGAAGGGUAUCUAUCGGCAUAGACAUUAUUCAUAAGCCAUCUCUAUUGUUCCUCGAUGAACCAACAUCAGGUCUGGACUCCACAAGCGCUUACAGUGUGGUGGACAAGGUGAAGGACAUAGCUCGAGGAGGUAGCAUCAUCCUCAUGACCAUCCACCAACCUUCCUAUAGAAUUCAAUUGCUCUUAGACCGCAUAACCAUUUUAGCAAGAGGUAGACUAAUAUAUAUGGGAAGCCCAUCCUCUCUCCCGGCUCAUCUUUCUGGGUUUGGAAGGCCAGUUCCUGAUGGUGAGAACAGUCUUGAAUAUCUUCUAGAUGUUAUCAAGGAGUACGAUGAAUCAACUGUGGGACUAGACCCUCUGGUGCUGUACCAAUGUGAUGGUAUCAAACCUGACCAAGCUGCCAGGACUCCAGUUCCGAAAACACUGAAAACACCCAAAACACCGAGGACCCCUUACAUGAAAACGUCUGGAUCCAGGCAUGCUAUUAGCCUUCAUAGCCAUGCUUUCUCUAUUGGCAAUGGAACUCCUCGAUCACAAUCUGGCCCAUUUGAUUAUGACGACGAUGAUGAAGAUGAGGAGGAGUUUGACUACUCUCUGGAACGCAAAGCUGCCCAGAGGCAGCCCCAGACACCAAUGAGUAUGCAGAGUAGUGUUUAUAAUCCACGCUUGGCCUCUCAGUUCUACAAAGAUUUCUCUGUCUGGAUCUACCGUGGUGUCACUGGAACUCCUCGUCGUGCACCAUCCUGGACUCCAGCUAGAACUCCGGGACGAACACCUGCUAAAACGCCAAGUUCCGGAGCAAGAAGUUAUGUUUCAGGUCGAUAUCCAACGCCUCAGAAAUCAUCUUCUCGCCCCAAAACCCCGGUAGUUUUUAGCCCAUCUCCAGACCCGUACUCUCCAUCUUAUGAAGAGUUCGAUGUGGAAGAAGAAGUGCUAGAUGAGCCAGUGCAUGGACCCAAGUUUGCAAAUUCAUGGCUCCGAGAGGUUGCAGUUCUCUCAUGGCGCACAGUUCUUAAUGUGCUUCGAACGCCAGAACUCUUCCUUUCACGUGAGAUAGUAUUGACAAUCAUGGCAAUCAUUCUAUCCUCACUUUUUUCAAACUUGAGUCACUAUGAUUUCAAAACAAUUAACCGGCUUCUCAAUUUCUACAUCUUUGCAAUCUGCUUAGUGUUCUUCUCCUCAAAUGAUGCUGUCCCAACUUUCAUUCAGGAAAGAUUCAUCUUCAUUAGAGAGACCUCCCACAAUGCCUACCGAGCUUCUUCUUAUGUCAUCUCCUCUCUCAUAGUCUAUCUCCCAUUUUUUGCUAUUCAAGGAUUCACGUUCGCUGCAAUUACCAAAUACUGGCUUCACCUCCAAAGUAGUCUCUUCAACUUUUGGAUGAUCCUUUAUGCCUCUCUGAUUACAACCAAUGCUUAUGUGAUGCUUGUUAGUGCACUUGUCCCAAGUUAUAUUACAGGUUAUGCUGUGGUCAUUGCCACAACAGCUCUCUUCUUCCUCACUUGUGGCUUUUUCCUCAAAGGAAGUAAGAUACCCAUUGCUUGGAGGUGGCUCCAUUACAUUUCAGCAAUCAAAUAUCCAUUUGAGGCAUUGCUAGUGAAUGAGUUCAAAGGCAAGGAAACUUGCUAUACAGGGAACCCGUCGGAUCUUUCACCAGGUCCUCUAGGGGAGGUGAGGCCCAGUAAACUGCAUCUAAAAAACCCAGGUCUUGAAAACUGCACAAUGAUUGGAGAAGAUGUUUUAUCCUCAAUGGGUAUUCACUUGGAGAACCUUUGGUAUGACAUUCUUAUCUUGCUAGCUUGGGGAGUUCUCUACCGCCUCUUCUUCUACGUGGUCCUUAGAUUUUAUUCCAAGAAUGAGAGAAAAUGAAGUGCUGUAUUUCUAGGAUUUACUUUCUUUCCCAUUUUCAUGAUUGUCUCUUUAAAUUUCAGUUCACUGCUAAUACAUGAAUGAACACAUUAUUAAAGCACUAGGGAAAAAAGUUAUUUCCCUUCCAUUUAUUUGGAUUCAUAAAAUCAGGG